CCAAACAUCAACAUGUCUAUUGACGAGCUAGACACGACGGAGUGCGUUUCUCGUUGUUCUGACCGUAUAACCUGAAUGCCCCUGUGUACCUUUCAUCAUCCCUUUCCUCCAGUCUAUCCUGUCAUCUCACCAUGGCCGAAGCAAGUACGUCUUCUGAGGAUAUUGCACAUGACGACAUUUGCCCAAUCUGUCAGCUCCUACUCUUCACGCCUGUGAGGACACGCUGCAACCACCUGUUGUGUGCAUCGUGUAUGGCACAGUGGGCUGAUGCCUCUACUACCAAUCAAAUCGAACACUCUAGUUGGGAUGUUGAUCUUGCAGACUUUGAUCCAAAUUAUGACCCCAUAUACGAUCUCGAGGCAAAUUGCCCAAUGUGCCGCACGCAUAUCAUAGCUUCGCCUGAUCAUACGCUAGCCAAGCAGCUCGAAGUAGGUCAGAAUGGUGUCGAGGGUGUCAUGAUCUUGAUCGGCAAUAAGCAUAGGCUGAUCAGAGGAGGCGACGACGCCAACCAGCACGACUGGACGUUCUUCGUCAGAACAUCAAGGUCAGAGCUUAUAGAGGAAGUGCGCGUAAAGCUGCACCCUCCCUUCCGUCCUCCCCGUGUCGUCCUGCGCUGUGCACCAUACGAAGUUCGCCGGCUGGGUUGGGGUUACUUCACGCUCACGCUCGAAACCGAGAUUAUCUUCAAGGCACCAUACAUCUGGGUUGUUGGCAACUCUGGAACAAGACAGCGGGGCCUCGAGCUUACGUGGACGCUUGACUUUGAAGAUCGAGGACGGCAAGGGAGGGUUAGGGCGAAAGUGAAGAAGCUUAAGGAAGAGGGUGGACUAAGGUUACGCACCAGACCAGUACCAACGGUCACGUCUAACGACGAUGAUGAUGACGAAGAAGACUACGAAUCCAAUGACGAGAACGAGAAUUUGUCAGAGGAUGAAGAAGAGGAUACCAGCGUGUUUGUGGAGACACCAGGACGGUAG